AUGAGGAAGUUUCUUUUAUUGGCUUCACACACUCUCUUCACGUUGCUUCAAGUUUCGGGCGUGUUCGGUGCUCAUACGGCCGAGACUGAUAAAGAAGCAUUGCUCGAGUUCAAGUCUCUGCUUUCUCCAGAGAGCAGAGUUGCGUUGGGCUCGUGGAAUGAUGGCUCUCUCCAUCUCUGCAACUGGACCGGCGUUACAUGUGGCCGCAAGCACCAAAGAGUGACCCAGUUGAGGCUGAUGUCGACAAAACUGACCGGAGUGAUCUCGGCCUCUGUCGGUAACCUCUCAUUUCUCAGGUCACUUGAUCUUAGGGGCAACUCUUUUCAUGGCAACAUCCCACAGGCACUUGGGAAAUUGUCUAGGCUUCGGUACUUGAACAUGAGCGGUAAUCUUCUUGGAGGGGGUAUUCCUAUCGGUUUGUCCAACUGUUCUAGUUUGUUGACCCUUGAUCUGUCGGUCAACCGUCUUACAUACAACAUUCCUUCUGAACUUCGUUCAUUAUCUAAGCUAAUCGAUUUAAAUCUUCGUGGGAACCAGUUGACAGGGAUGCUCCCCCCGGGUUUAGGAAACCUGACAUCGCUCGAGAAGUUGAGCCUUGUAGAUAACCAUAUGGAAGGGGAGAUUCCAGAAAGUGUUGCCAAACUGAACAGAAUCAUGGUACUUCAAUUAGGAGGGAACAACUUUUUUGGUGAUUUUCCUAAUGCCUUUCACAAUCUAUCUUCUCUCUGGGUCUUGACCAUAGGAAAGAACAAUUUUUCGGGUGAUGUUGGGCUAGACUUUGGAACUCUCUUUCCGAACCUGCAAACAUUGUACGUGGGCACAAAUCAUUUCACCGGAACGCUUCUUGCUCCAUUUUCCAAUAUCACAACUCUUCGAAAGUUAGAUCUUUCUUACAACAACUUCAUAGGAAGUAUUCCCUUGAGUUUUAGCAAAAACCGAGACUUGGCAUUGCUUCAGCUUGAUGGAAAUAGUCUUGGAAAUAACGCUUCCACUGAUCUUGAUUUUAUUGGAAGUUUGAAUAACUGCACGCAAUUGCAAGUCUUGGGCAUUUUCCACAAUAGACUCGGAGGUGCACUGCCUGUCUCCAUAGCAAAUCUCUCGACACAAAUGAGAUAUUUUUACUUGGGAUGGAAUUAUAUCUCGGGAAGUUUUCCUAUUGGUAUUGGAGACCUCGUCAACCUACAACUACUUGAGUUCGAAAUGAAUCGUUUGAUAGGCAAACUUCCUACUUCCCUCGGAAAGCUUUCUGGACUGGUUGAUAUCGACGGAGAUUCGAAUAUAUCAUUUGAUGGAAGUAUCCCUCCAAGUCUUGGCAAUUGCAGCGGCCUUCACUAUUUGAGGCUUGAGUCUAACCAGCUGACCGACAUUGUACCUCGGGAACUCAUGGACCUUCCAUCUCUUGUGAUGAUAGAUAUCUCGUAUAACUCUUUGGUCGGCCCCUUGCCAGAAAACGUCGGAAAUCUGAAAUAUGCGGUUCAAAUACAAACAACGUACAAUAAAUUAUCGGGGAAAAUACCGCAGACAAUAGGAAACUGUCUUUCAUUGGAAGAAGUUGAUCUCCAAGGAAAUUCCUUGGAUGGAGAAAUCCCAGAUAUAAGAAGGUUAACCGGCCUCCACUACCUUGAUCUGUCCAACAACAGUCUCUCCGGCAUAAUUCCUCGAUAUCUAGUGAACCUCUCACUACUGUAUCUAAACUUGUCCAUGAAUAAUUUCGAAGGGGCAGUUCCGAUGACCGGAGUAUUUCGAAAUGUUAGUGCGAUUUCCGUCUUUGGUAACAAAAAUCUCUGUGGAGGCAUUCCUGAAUUGCAGCUAAAGCCAUGCUCUGUACAAAUGCCUGCAAAGCGAAGAAGGCCAUCCUUGGUCCAUAAGAAAGUGGCAAUCAUUGUUAGCGUGGGUACAGCUUUGCUUUUAUUAUCAUUCCUGAUCGUUGUUUCUCUCUACCGGCUGAGUAGAAGGAAGAAGCAAAAGAGAGAGAAAAAUGCUAAUACUCAGCCUAAUUCUGCCCUGGAUUAUUUUUACGAAAGGAUAAGUUAUGAAGAGCUUCAAAAUGCAACCGGUAGCUUCUCAUCGACCAAUAUCAUUGGAUCGGGUUACUUUGGUACUGUGUUUAAAGGGUUACUCGGUCCCGAGAGCAAGGUCAUCGCUGUUAAAGUUUUGAACCUUUGGAAGAGUGGAGCUGCCAAAAGUUUUAUGGCAGAGUGUGAAGCCUUAAAGGGCAUAAGACACCGUAACCUCGUGAAACUGUUGACCGUUUGUUCUAGCAUCGAUUUCAAUGGAAAUGAAUUCAGAGCUCUGGUUUAUGAGUUCAUGCCGAACGGAAGCUUGGAUACGUGGUUGCAUCCGAAUGAAGCAGAAGUCGGGACGAGCAAUCCCACGAGAACGCUGAACCUUCUUGAAAGACUUGACAUCACCAUAGAUGUGGCCUCAGCUUUGGUCCAUCUUCAUUGUUAUUGCCACAGCCCCGUUGCUCACUGUGAUCUAAAACCGAGCAAUGUUCUUCUGGAUGAUGAUCUCACAGCCCAUGUAAGUGAUUUUGGUUUGGCUCGGCUCCUCGGAAAAUUUGAUCAAGAAUCAUCUCAGAACCAAUUUAGCUCUGACAACAUCAGAGGAACCAUCGGUUACAUGCCACCAGAAUACGGAAUGGGAGGUGAACCGUCAGUAAUGGGUGACGUUUAUAGCUUUGGAGUCCUAGUGUUGGAGAUAUUCACCGGGAAAAGACCUACGGAUGAAUUAUUUUCCGAGGAUUUCACUCUCCAUAGCUAUACAAGAUCCGCAUUAGCAGAGCGUGUGAUGGAUAUCGUCGACCGGUCUAUUCUUGUCAGCGCAGGUGCUCGUAUGGGCCGUGCCGCCAUGGCUGAGUGCUUGGGAAUGGUUCUCGACGUGGGAAUCAGAUGCUCUGAAGAAUCUCCGACGAACAGAGCAGUGAUUGAUGAGGCGGCUAACCAAUUAGUUUCUAUCAGACAGAGGUUCUUCAAAGCCAAGAGGGCAGCUAGGCAGUGA